CACACACACACACACACUCUACACACACACACUAUACACACACACACACACACACACACACACACACACACACACUCAUACACACACACACUCAUACACACACACACUUUCAGUUUGACCACAGUCUCCUGCAGAAAUGGACAUGAAACUCUCUCUCCUCGUUCUAUCAGUGUUCCUGACUUUUACACUCGGAAAAGAUAUAAAAGUCUCGCUGUUCCCGGCGUUCCCGUCUCAGCGGGUGUACGUGGGGGACGAGGUGACUCUGAGGUGUAAAGAUGGGAGUACUGUUCUGGAGAACGGUGUAACGUGGUCCCACAAUGGAACAAAAAAUUCCACCAAUGCUACAGUGCACCUCCCAGUAGUGACGACGAGCGACUCGGGAGAGUACCAGUGUAAACAUGGACAGGAGAGCAAUAAGGUUCAGAUCACAGUGUUGGACAUGCUGCCCCCAGCGUCGCUGUCGGUGUUGAAACAGGCGAACACCGUCGUCAGCAAAGGAGACGCUGUUCUUCUGAAGCUCUACCACCAUGACGGCCUGGACGACUGGAGAUGCCGCUAUGCAAAUGCUAAUGGCGAAUGGUGGGUACCCAUAAAGCCCCAUCCAGGUGACCCCAAGUCCAACAUCAACACCACCGCCACCAUCCACGCCGAUGUUGAAGACGGCAGGACCUACUGGUGCAUGAGCACCAGCAAAACGGACCGCCAGCAGCGUCCACGCAGCAACGCCAUCAAGCUCAUAGCUACAGAAAAAAUGGUGAGGCUGCAGAUGUCAGAACAUCCAGCACUGAAGGGUGAUGACGUUAUGGUGACCUGUGAUGUGUGGGGGGGUCCUCAAAUCGUCAGUGUCGUAUUUUAUCAAAAUGGAAAAACAAAAAAACCUGAUAACCCCCACGGGAACACAUUAACCAUCCCCAACAUCAGCGACUCCGGCGCAGGCCAGUACAGCUGCAGGGCCUCCUACAAGUUCACCCACAUCAGUAAAGAUGCAGCGACACAUUCCAACCUGUCGUCCGACACACAGGUUCUCAGUGUCAUAGCUGGCCUUCCCAAACCCAAACUGGACUGUGAAACCAAGACCUGUGUUGCUCAGAGAACCACCUUCGUUUGGCAUUACAUUCCUGAUGGACAAACAGAACCACAGAUACUGCAUGAAGAGACUGGAAAGACCAUCACCAUCACCAAAAAAGGGAAAUACACAUGCUCUGUUAAGAUGGGGGAAUUUGGCUACUCCCGCAGGAGCAACGAAUGUCUGUUGGAACCUGAACCUGCAGUAUGGGUGGUCGUGGUGGUGCUGCUGUUUGUGUUGGGGGUGAUCUUCCUGCUGGUGGCACUGUUUAUCUGGAAAAGACGCUCCAAUGCAUCCGGAAAAAAAAAAAGGAACAUAGAAGACGGUGCGGACGGCGGAUACGAGGAGGUCGGGAAGAAAGAGGGAGGAAACGAGUACGAGCGCCUAGAAAUGAGCAAGAAGGACAAAGAACAGAGUCAGUACGAAACCCUGAAAGGUCAGGGUAAGGGUAAAGGUGAGGGUAAAGGUGAGGGCGAGGGGGAGUAUGAACUCCUGAAGGCGAGCGAGGCUGAGGGUUCAGUUUACCACACUCUGAAAGAAAAAGGUCAGGCCGAGGCUCAGGGACAGGGCGAGUACGAGGCUCUAAAAGGUACUCAGGCCGAAGUCUACCAUACUCUGAAGGAUCCGGGUCAGGCUCCGGCUCAGGGACAGGGUGAGUAUGAGGCCCUAAAAAGUACUCAGGCCGAAGUUUACCAUACUCUGAAGGAUCCGGCUCAGGCUCCGGCUCAGGCUCCGGCUCAGGCUCCGGCUCCGGCUCAGGCUCCGGCUUCGGGACAGGGCGAGUACGAGGCUCUAAAAACUACCCAGGCUGAGGUUUACCAGACCCUGGGGCAGGGGGCAGGGGCGGGGGCGGAACCGGCAGAGGGGCAAGGGGCAAAAGAGGAGAGCCCAUACGAAGAGCUUAAAAAAGAGAAAGACCCCCAGUGAGACCAAAACAAUCAUUUAUCAUCUACACCGAACAGAACGAUAUAAAACAGAAACAAUUAAAAAGAUCUCUAACUAAAUUUGAGUUCAAUUUGGUUCAGAAAUGGUUCAGAAAUAUUAGCACAGAUUUACCUGUCUCACUGAUGCGGUCACACUAGACUUCUGUCUGCGAAUUAUCACAAGAAAAUUCACUAUAAUUCCAGUGUGAUUUGCUGCGAUUAGCGAUUUCACAUCAGCAAAAUUUCCUUUGAUUUAAAGUUCACUGGUUUACAUGAUCAUUAGUCCUCCUGCUCUGACUGCACUGAGAGCUACAGGACCUUUCCAGCUCUGAAGACCCAAACCUGAAGAAAUGCUAACGCUAAUGCUAAUGCUAAUGUACCCAAACCGCCUCUAAAAACUAACUUAUAAAAAGAGAGAGAGAAAACACUCAGUAAAGAGAGGGAGCAUCAUCAUCUCACUCUUUCCUCUUCAGUUUAUGGUAGGUGAGUUAGCCUGCAUGCUAAUUGCUAAGUUAGCUUCUUGGCUGACUUCGCCUAAGAGCCUUAUUUGUGGUAUUAGCAUUAGCUAGCAUGCUAGUUGCUUAGCCUCUUAGUUGGCUUAAAUCAUUUUAUACUGUACAGUGUGGAGUUUAUAACCACACUCCUCACUUAUAGAUUUUUAAUAAUAGCUGCAUUAGCUAGCCUGAUAAUGCUACGUUAGCUCUAAGCUAAGCUAAGCUUUACAUAGAAAUCCAACCAAAGCAGCUCAGUACAGUGUUUAGCUGUGAUUGGGUGCAGCUCUGGACUCAGUAUCAGGGUAUCAAAUUUAAUUAUUCAUUACUGAGAAGACUAUAUGUUUGUAAUGUAUAAAAUUGGUGAGUAGGCUAACGUUGGUGUUAGCAUGCUAACAGCACCAAUAUAUAGCACCCAGUUACGGCUAAUUUCCCAUGGUGACGUUAUGAGCAGACGUCUAGUGUGA